AUGGGGACUCCAGUUGUCCUUCUGUUGGUUCUGAUUGGGUGUUUUCAGGCGAUAAGCGGGAAGCCAACUUUGGACGAUGAAUUCUUAGAGAAGUUGGAACGCGAAUUGGAACAAGAUAUAAAAAGUCUUCACGAAAAAAGAAAGCAUCAUGAUUCAUCUUCAAAAGAAGAAGAUGAGUUAUCACCAUCAGGCUUUCCCUACAUUAAAGGACCUGAAGAUAUCCAUGCCAAGAUCGCUAUUGUGGGGGCGGGGCCGGCUGGUGUACACAUGGCUUUGAAACUCAAGCGGAAUAAUUUCACUGAUGUUACAGUGUUUGAGAAGGAAGAAGAAGUAGGCGGAAAAUCGAAAACCCUUUUGUACCGCGAUGUCGUUCAUGAAAUGGGGACCUGCUAUACCCAGCCAGACUACACGGAACUGUAUGACCUCCUUGAAACUUACAAUGCCGGAAAUCUUCGCCCGUUACCUAGUCCUACAAUAUGGCUAGGUCAAGGCACACUGGAGUCAUUUCAGUUUACACUGAGUUCUUUAAUCCAAAACCCGCCGCAACAGAUACCACAGAUAUUCAAUCGCGCGGUUGAAAACUAUAACGAAGUACAUCACACGCUGUUCGGAGAUUACGUGGGGGAAUUGAUGCCACGUCCAUCCGUCGAUAACUUAAAAAAACUGAACAUGACAUUUUUAGAAUUUCUGAAAGAGAACGAUGCAGAUGAACUAGCAAACCUUUUUCUGCAGAUACACACAGCUCAAGGCUAUGGGCACAUAGACGAAGUUCCAGCUUUGUAUGGUGUGACAUGGGUGACUCCGAAAUUUCUCAAUGGUCUUUUUAAAAGACCUACUACAGGAAAUGUCUCACCAAUCAAUCUAUUAAGUAGAGGUUAUCAAACGGUAUGGAAGGAAAUAGUAGACCAGGAAAAUAUCAAUGUCCGAUAUUCAUCUCCAGUAAGAAGGAUAAAUCGGCGGAAGAAAGAGGAUCGCCGCAAGGGUGGCAAGCGUCGUCCGGCGUUCGAGAUACAAUAUGAUGACCGGACUGGCUUUAGAAAGGAAGAGUCUUUUGACUUCCUUGUAUUGACACCGGAAAUGAAACUGCUUUCAGAUUUAGAUAUCAUCGACUUCAACGACGAGGAGAUGAAUCUUUUCAAGAGAAUGAACCAUUAUUACUACGCAACAACGCUAGUAGACACCACAUACGGGACAAAUAGAGGUUUGACACCGCAAAGCUACUUCGCCGAUAAUAUUCAGGGAAAGGUCGAUGGAAAGGUUUGGGUAAAGAGGGAUUCCUAUAACAGCCUUGAAUUCAACGUAGGAACAAACUACACUGACGGAUUGGUUCCUGGGGCUCCUGAUGGAAGGUUCGAGCAAACAUCCGUAUAUUAUCAAUUCUCAAAAUCAUUGCCGGAGAAAGAAGAUCUGGAGAAGGAGUUAGUCGACCAUAUUCGUCAGAGGGAAAAUGCAGAAGUUGUUAAUAUUCUGAAUACCAAUGUAUGGGAUUACUUUCCACAGUUUUCUGUUGAGGACAUAGCGUCAGGAAUAACUUGGGAUAUCUUUGACAUGCAAGGGAAGUACGGUAUUUGGUAUGCUGGAUCCUCUGUAUAUUUCGAGUCUGCCAAGUCCGUGUUGGAGUACAAUAACCUCAUAUUCCGACAGUACCCCCUGCCAUAG